AUGUCACCUCAUAACUUAAGAUUAAAAACUGGUUCACCUAUAAUUAUGCUGCGAAAUUUAAAUGCAUCUAAGCUAUGCAACGGCAUGAGAUUAGUCAUAAAAAAAAUUAUGGGCAAUGUACUUGAAAUUACAAUUUUGAAUGGCAAAUUUGAAGGUGAAGCUGUUCUCCUGCCACGAAUCCCAAUGAUCCCUUCAGACUCACCCAUUCCAUUCAGACGUCUGCAAUUUCCAAUUCGCUUGGCAUUUCGCAUGACUAUUAAUAAGUCACAAGGUCAAACAAUGUCGAUUUGUGGGAUAGAUCUAGAAAAUCAGGUCUUCUUACAUGGUCAAUUAUAUGUGGCGUGUUCUCGCGUUGGAAAACCGUCAAGUUUAUUCAUUUAUACUCCUCAAGAAUUGCCUAAAAAUAUUGUUCAUCAACUCGCAUGA